AUGGAGCCGGGGGAGGGCCGGCCGGGGGUGGCGGCGACGCUGCGGGCGCUGAACGCGACGCUGGGCCGGCCCGCCGCGCUCUGGGUGAAGGAGAGCGGCGCCCGUAACCUGCGGCACCGGGACUUCCUGGCGCCGCGGGCCGCGCUGACCGCCGCCUUCCCCGGGGGGCAGGUGCCCGCUGACGUCGUGGCGGGCGUGAGGUCCCUGGGGGGCCCGGGGGUGCUGGGGGUGCGGGACUGCCGGCAGACGCCGGCGGGGCUGGAGGUGCAGGUGCGGCGCCCCGAAGCCUUCCGGCGCCUGCUGGGGCCCUCGCCCGGCCCAGCCCCCGCAGCGGGGCAGCCGGCGGGGUGGGUGUUGCUGCACUGCCCGGCCCUGCGUGGCCCCGCCGCCCUCCGGCCCCGCCACCUCCGCACCCUCCUGCUCGCCGAUCACCUGGCACAGCUCCUGCGCACACACGGGGUCGGCGUCUGCCUGGUCCCUGCCGUCCCUGAGGAGGGGAACCGGGAGGUCCUGCGGCAGCUCCGCGUCGACUGGCCCUCCAGCUCCGCUAGCUCGCCACUCUCUGAUGCCAUCUCAGCCUUGAAGCGAGCACUGGGACGGUCUCCCUGUGUGACAGGCACAGCCACGCUGCCCGAGGGUGUCAUCUGCAAAGUGCACUUGAGGAGCUUUGUGGAGCAGCAGGGCUUGGUGGGCUAUGACCCCAACCUAGAUGUCCUCCUCGUGACAGAGGGGAAGCUGCGGUCCCUGGCUGAGCUGCAGCAAGCUGUUCUGCAGGGCAUGGCUGGAGGCCUGGGGAACUGCUGCAGCAUUGUGCAUGUCGUGAACUGCGAGGACGAAUUCCAGCAGCAGCAGCUGGAUCUGCUCUGGAGGAUUUUGGAUCCAGGAGCCCACACAACUUUGCAGAAAUACCUUGUCUGCGGGCCAGUGAAGGUGACAAACCCCUCAUCACCCGUUGGGGCAGACCAGUACUUCCAGCUCCGAAAGCGCCAGAUGUAUGAAGCCUCCGUGAUGAAGUAUGGGGAGCUGGCACAAGAUGAGGCCUGGACCGAGGUGAUCGAUACUCUCACAGCAGCUGCCAUCAGAUUUGAGAUGCUGAGCACUGCCCACCGGAGUCAGCUCACCCUCAACCUGGAGGACAGUAGCAUCUCAACAAAGGGAACCAAGAGUGGUGCCUUUGUGAUGUACAACUGCGCCCGCCUGGCCACACUCUUUGACACCUACCAGCGAGCUGUGGAACAGGGCAUGUAUCCACCUCUACCACCAGUGUCAGAACUGAACUUCUCCUGCCUCCGGGAAGAGGGAGAAUGGCUUCUGCUUUUCAACUAUCUUCUGCCCUUCCCUGAAGUCUUGCAACAGGCAGCAGAGCUGCCCGCGUCCAGCAAGGGGAUUCGGAUCACAGCUAACACAGAGGCAGUGUGCAAGUUCCUGAUCCAGCUCAGCAUGGAUUUCAGUUCAUACUACAACCGGGUCCAUGUCCUGGGGGAGCCACUCCCUCACCUCUUUGACCAGAUGUUUGCCCGCCUCCAGCUGCUGGGAGCUGUGAGGGAAAUGUUCCACAGUGCACUGGCAACUCUGCACCUCCCUCCUCUCAGCCAGAUCUGAGCCACCACUGAAGAACCAUGCAACGGUGACAGCCACCAGGUCAAUGUACCACGAGGGGAAGGACAAGGGGAUGUUCUCCCCUGCAGGGUGAGCGGCUGCCCCGCUGUCAAGCAGGGACUCAGACUGUGCCUCAGCAACACAGGAACUUCUCCUGUUUGAGGGUUUGGGUACUUGCACCCUGCAGCUGUGCCCCACCUGGGAGAGGGGUUUGCCUGCCACAUCCACAGCAGCAGCAGAGAGGACACCUGAGACACCCUGUGAGCCAGGCUGGGGAAGUACCAGGGACCAGUCACCACAAAGCCAGGCACCAGCCUCUUCUCCCAAAGCUGUUUAUUGAUGGUUGCUCCGUGCUGGCAGGGAGCUCCUGUGGCCCCAGUACUGGGGUCCAAUACACUUGU